ACUAACGUAAAAAUAAAUAUGCACGGAAAUGAAAUAAAUUGUGACAUAAUGCGACGACAAUCGCAAACGCCCGAAUAAAGAUGGAAUGUUUAAGGCGAGCGAGAGAGCGUACCCUCUAAAAUUUAUCAUUUUAACAUUGUAAGUACGCAUCAUCAGCAUCUUGCCGCCGUCGCUCACUGGAGCCGAUAUUAAUAUUAAGCUGCGUACGUUUUAAUACCGAUGCUCUUCUCCACUGCCAUCGAAAACGUGCUCACUAACGAGAGCCAGCCCACCGGGACACACCACCACCGCCUUCUUCCACAUACGGAGGCGGCGGCCUCAACGAUCGGGGGUGAUCAUCAUCCGCACGAGAUGGAACCUGUUUUCCACGCACUCGACAAAACCGGGCCUGUACACCGUAGUGGAGUUUGUUGGAAGGAAAAGCGGACACAAUAAGUUGAGUCGAAAAGUUACCACAUGGUAGUUAACUAAAUAUAGAGGAAGAAUGAAUAACUGGAACAGUUUCUUAGAUAUUCAUAGCGAGGAAUUUCUUUCCAAAACCAUACCCAACUUAUUCGAUGAAUGAGGUUCGUGGGUUAAUUUAACAAAGAUUUAAUAAUACACCAAAAACUCAGUGAUACAAAUCAAAGGAAAGAACCAUUUCAAUAUAGUUUCCUGAAAAUUGAAUUCUUUCAUAGAUACUAUAUCAUUCAUUCACCAAAAACUUCAUCGUUGGGAAAUAGCAAGAUAAAGCAAAGCAACCAAAAGACCGACCAAACCAACCCGCCUGACUAUUUUCUUUCCAACUCACCCACAGGCCGAUGUGUCCGAUAUGAGCCGUUGGAAAACGUCAUCGGAACUUCGGGCCUUAAACGCUGUGUGCGACUUUAUCGAUCAUGGCGCACAUCACACGCUAUGCUCCAUGCCUAAAAAAACUGUGCCUCACACACACACACACCCUCUCCUUGGACACACAUCACUAGGCGCUUAGGAAAUGGCUACUACUAAUCCGCACCAUCCCCAACGUGUGCGAAGGAGUAGAAAUGCACUCUCCGUCUUCUAUCUAGCGCGCGACGACACCAUGUUGACGACUCGGAAAGGAAAAGCAAAAUAGUAGUAGUAGGGAACGGGAAAACGUCCCUUUCUCCCGUUAUUUUUCUUUCGCCCAGCGUGUUGUGGUGUGGUGCGGGGAGUUGGAAAACUCACCACACUAUAAAGCGAUUAGCUAUCAAACGAGAUGGCGCAGUCUCAAUCAGUGUGUUGCACCAGUGUGUAGUGUCAUUUGGUCCAGAUUAGGAAAAAAACGGGAGGAAUCAUAAUAGUUGGUGUAGUUAGAAAGUGAAACAUAAUGAAUCCGCUGAAAUUGCUGCCCUUUCUAGCCUCCAUCACCAUCCUCAGCAAUGCACGGCCGGGGCAGGGCUUGGAGAUUGAACAUCCGCACAGCUUCUCCACAUUCAAGCGUGGCGUAAUGCUGGGCGAUGUUUCGUACAGCUAUUCCUCCACCGACAUGGGUUCGCCGGAAAGUGGUCGCUACAAGACGGUAACGGUCAUAAAGAACAUUGCCAUACCCAAACCAACCAGUACGAUGUUCAGCGAUCGAUCGGAACAUUUCUACGAUUCGGUGGAGAAAGGCUCGUCCGGCGGUGGUUCUUCGGCGCAUAAAAAACGAACGCACGUGGAAUAUUGGCCCCCGAAGGAAGACAAUCAGGUCGCUCAUCGGCUUAAGCUCGAACCAAGCUUCCACAAGGCGAGCAGCAACACGCACCGUCCUAAGAGUGGCAGCAGUCACACCCAUCAGCGCCAUCACAGCCGGCAGGAGAAGGUGGCCACACCGAAGCCAACGUACAAACCGGCCGAAAUCAAGGAACAAUCGGAAGAGGAUCCCAAGCACCCGAUCGAUCUACUGGAGCUAGCCAAAUCGGCCGUAAAAACGCUCACCCAAAAGGCCAAGACUGGUGGACCGGGAGAAAAUACGGGCCCGGUAACGUUUCCCUCCGACGGGAUGAUGAUGAAGAGAAAGCAGAACGGUGUCGUCAGCGUGGCCCAAGAGUACACCAGCAUCGUGACGGAAGAUCCGAAAGAACGGCAGCCGAUCGUGAGCAAGCUGCGCACCAAGGUAGAUCUUCCGACGAAGGCUCCAUCCCAAUCGCCUUAUUAUUCCUCCUCGUCGUCCACCAGCACCACCACCGCCUCCAGCAGUGAGGAGGAGCAGGAGAUCCCGCUGAAAGAUUUUGAACAGUCCGAGUACGUGUUCAACCACAAGACUGGGACCUUCGAGUUCCGCAAAGCGUCCAAAGCGCCCAAAGCCGUCCAGGAAUAUCUCCGUGCCAGUCCGUACGGACAGAAGGGAGAUCAGGGGAUGGGAGAUGGCGGUGCCAACACGUACAGCAGUCCCUCGGAGCUGCUGUUUGCCGAGCUUCACAACGCUGUGUCGACUCGCAAUGUCACUAUGAUCAAGGCGCUUGCCAGCCAGCUGGAGGAAACGUUCAACGUAGGCCAGCUAGACUUUGAGUCGCUUAAAACCGAGGCCGAGAUGGAGCAGCACCGUACGACCGAAGACUCGAUGAUGAUGAUGAUGAUGGCCGGUGAAACGACGACCGCCAAGGCACCGUUCGAUUUUGGGUAUGGCAACUAUGGCGAAACGACCACCAUGGAGUAUCAGGACCCGACCACCGAGGCGAUCAUGCCAAGCACCACUGUCAAGGCGCCGAUCAUGAUGAUGAUUCCAACGACCACCACCAAAAAGCCGCUUCGAUACAUUGCGCCGAAGCUGCGGGGAUUCAAGCGGUUCUCGUCCAAGCGACAGAACAAUUAGUGUAAAUGGUUCUUUGGUGAGGAAAAACCACACCCCUGAAAAUGUUCGCGGAACACGAUCGUGUUCCAAAAGCAAAAGUAUUUAUUUUCUACAGUGUUGCUGGCGCUUAUGCUCCAGAAAUCGAACAACGAUCUAAUACGUAAGCUCAAUUGACCUAAAAUUGCAAUUAAUUGGAGUAAAAUCGUGAUAUAAAAACAGUGGGCACUACUACUACUACUACUAUCUCCAAGUAUGGAGCAAAGCGGAAGGCAUUCCCAUCCCUAUCUAUAUAUCAAUAAAUCUAUCCUCAUUUUAGCAUACUGUA